AAUAAAAGAAAGGAGGUGAGAAUGAUGGUGUAAACGGUGAGAGCGUGGCGUCUGGUCCAUAACUGGGGAGGUAAACUGAUUGCAGUAUGAAGAAGAAGAGCAGCAUAAAGGCGGAGCUGUGGCACGCUUGUGCGGGGCCUUUGGUUAAGCUUCCUCCCUCCGGCACGCACGUCAUCUACUUCCCUCAAGGUCACAGCGAACAAGUCUCUGCUUCUCUCAACAGAGAUGUCCACUCUCAAAUCCCCAACUAUCCCAAUCUCCCCUCCAAGCUACUCUGUCUCCUCCACACUCUCACUUUGCAUGCUGAUCCCCAAACUGAUCAAGUCUACGCUCAGAUUACUCUUCAACCCCUCCCUUCUUUUGACAAGGAUGCUCUCUUGAGAUCUGAUCUCGCUCUCGAAUCCACCAAGCCACCACCUGACUUCUUCUGCAAACAACUCACCGCCAGUGAUACUAGCACUCACGGUGGUUUCUCCGUCCCUCGCCGUGCCGCCGAGAAGAUUUUCCCUCCUCUUGAUUAUUCUAUGCAACCUCCUGCUCAAGAACUCGUCGCCAGGGAUUUGCACGACACCGUUUGGACAUUCCGCCACAUAUACCGUGGACAACCAAAACGGCAUUUGCUUACCACUGGAUGGAGUCUGUUUGUUAGUGGAAAGAGGCUUUUUGCCGGAGACUCUGUUUUGUUCAUUAGAGAUGAAAAGCAGCAGCUUCUUUUGGGUAUCAGACGAGCUAACAGGCAACCCACCAACAUAUCGUCAUCAGUGUUAUCAAGUGAUAGUAUGCACAUUGGAAUUCUUGCUGCAGCGGCUCAUGCAGCUGCAAAUAAUAGCCCCUUCACCGUCUUUUACAAUCCUAGGGCUAGUCCCUCAGAAUUUGUUAUUCCUUUAGCCAAGUACUACAAGUCAGUGUACAGCCACCAGCCAUCACUUGGCAUGCGUUUCCGAAUGAUGUUUGAAACUGAAGACUCAGGAACAAGAAGGCAUAUGGGUACAGUUACAGGUAUCAGUGAUCUGGAUCCUGUGCAAUGGAAAAACUCUCAAUGGCGUAAUUUGCAGGUUGGUUGGGAUGAGUCAACCGCUGGGGAAAAGCGUAGCAGGGUCUCAAUCUGGGAAAUUGAACCAGUGACUGCUCCAUUUUUCAUCUGUCCACCUCCAUUCUUUAGAUCCAAGAGACCAAGACAACCUGGAAUGCCUGAUGAUGAAUUGUCUGAUUUUGAUAACAUUUUCAAGCAGACAAUGCCUUGGCCUGGUGAUGAUAUGUGCGUGAAGGAUCCCCAAGGUCUCCCUGGCUUGAACUUAGCUCAAUGGAUGAACAUGCAGCAAAAUCCUGCACUGGCUAGCUCAUUGCAGCCAAAUUAUGCACCUUCCUUAUCGGGUUCUAUUUUGCAAAAUAUUCCUGGACCUGAUAUUUCUCACCAGCUGGGAUUUUCUGCUCCACAAAUUUCUCAGUCAAACAAUGUAGCCUUAAAUACUCAGAGGCUUCUUCAGACCGCUCCACAACUGGAUCACCUUCAGAAGCUACCAUCUACUUCUAGCACAUUGGGAACAGUCCUGCCGCCGCAGCAACAGUUGGGUGAUAUCACUCAACAAUCGAGGCAGAACUUGGCAAAUCAAACAAUCCCUCAGGGUCAAGUUCAGGCCCAACUCGUGCAUCCCCAGAACAUUGUCCAAACCAACAAUAUUCUUCAACAGCAGCAACCAUCCAGUCAAAACCAUCAACUACAUAGAAGCCUCUCUCAGAACCCAUCACAGCAGCAGCAGCAGACAAUUAUUGGUCAGAAUCAACACCAAAAUUUGAUACAGUCUCCUAUGCCUGAUCAUGUUCAACAAUUACAGAUGUCUGACGAUCAGAUUCAGCUGCAGUUGUUACAGAAGCUUCAACAACAAAAACAAACACUCUUGGCCCAACAAACUGCAUUGCAGCAUUCUACUCAACUUACUCAAAUCCAGGAUCGGCAAAGACAGCUUUUAGACAAAACGCAUAACUUGUCUAGAGCACUAACACCUGGUCAAGUACGGGAAAUUCCUCCUAUUUUUCAGAAUUCACUCCCCAAGGCUAAUUCUAUCUCAAAUCCGAUUACAAAGGCCAAUUGCCAGAGCAAUAUUCAAUUCUAUCAGCAGCCCAAGCUUCAACAGCAGCAACCUGGCUUGCUUUCUGAAAUGCCUGGCCAUACGGCACUUCACCCUACCACUACAACCAACCAACUUUCUGCUGCUGGCAGUAGUAUACUGACUGGAGCAGGUGGUGCAGGGCAGUCUGUAAUUACUGAUGAAGUUCUAUCUUGCUCCACCUCACCUUCUGCAAAUAACUGUACCAAUGCACUUCCACAAUUGAUAAAUUCACGAUUCCAGAGAAGCACACUGGUAGGCGAUGACAUGGCCCAGUCUGCUGCCACAAUCUUGAGUUCAAGUGCCUUAGAAACCACGUCAUCAAAUGCAAACAUGUUGAAAGAUUUACAGCCAAAGUCUGAAGUUAAGCCAUCUCUGAAUAUUUCCAAAAUUCAGAAUCAAGGGCAUUUUGCUCCUCAGACAUACUUGAAUGGUAAUGCUGCCCAUACAGAUUGUUUGGACACAUCAUCUUCUACAACUUCAGUUUGCCUUUCUCAGAAUGACGCUCAUAUGCAUCAGAAUAACAAUCCAUUAUCUUACAAUCCACAGUCUUUGUUGUUUAGAGACAAUAAUCAAGAUGGGGAAGUUCAGGCAGAUGCUAGGAGCAAUAUUCCUUAUGCCAAUAACAUUGAUAGCCAAAUGGGAAUGCCACUGAAUCCAGAUUCACUCUCAACCAAAGGCACAUUGAGGUUGGGGAAGGAUUUGUCUAAUAAUUUCUCUUCAGAAGGCAUGCUUGGUAAUUAUGAAAUUAACAGAGAUGCCCAGCAGGAACCUUCGUCUUCAAUGGUUUCACAGACAUUUGGUGUACCUGAUAUGGCCUUCAAUUCAAUUGAUUCCACAAUAGAUGAUAGUAACUUCUUGAAUAGUGGUCCAUGGGCUCCACCACCAGCACCGCCACUGCCACCUCUGCCACCAGCACAGUUUCAGCGGAUGAGGACAUAUACCAAGGUAUAUAAACGUGGAGCUGUGGGAAGAUCCAUAGACAUAACACGGUAUUCAGGUUAUGAGGAGCUUAAACAGGAUCUAGCUCGUAGGUUUGGCAUAGAGGGACAGCUGGAGGAUCGGCAAAGGAUAGGUUGGAAACUUGUCUAUGUGGAUCAUGAGAGUGAUGUUCUACUAUUGGGAGAUGACCCUUGGGAGGAGUUUGUGAACUGUGUUCGCUGUAUUAAAAUACUUUCUCCUCAAGAAGUGCAACAGAUGAGCUUGGACGGAGAUUUUGGCAAUGGUGGCCUUCCAAAUCAAGCCUGUAGCAGCUCUGACGGUGGGGAUACUUAAAAUGGAGUUCAGUAAUACACUAACUAUUCUUCCGUAUUGUUAACUCAGAUUAUUUCUGGGAGAUGCAUUAUUGUCCUAGUUCCGAAAGGCGGUUAUUAUGCCACUGGGGACUUGAAAGCGAUCUUUUGCAGUUUGAAAGGAGAAUUUUUGUCUCUGUUCUGGACGUGCUAAUUUUAAGAGCCAAAUGAAGGUGGAGAAGCGAGCUGCUCCUAGUGCUACAAAUUCAAUUAAGUUACUAUAAACUGGUACUGAAUCGAAUGUUUGGAGCACCCGGACAAAACUAGACGUGUUUCAAGCCAUAGAUUUGUUGUUGUUGUAAUGUUGAAAAGAAUUGUUCUUGGCAUGGUCAGAAAUAUUUAAUUCUAUGUAUUGUAGAAAGAAAGGUUUAAUAUUGAGCGGUGGUUUUGAAUGUAUAAAGUCAUAGGCAGCUAGAUUUUGCGGAAGCUUUCACGAUCUUCCAUCCUUGGAGGCACCUUAGUAAUUUUUAGCCUAGAGGACUGUGAAGUAGAGAAACUUCAAAUGUUGUAAGGUCAUGUAGACACUGUUGCAUUGUUUGCUUGAAGCAUAAGUACUAAAAAUGGUGGAGAAUUAAUUGACUGUACAGGAGAUCGAUUACUAGUAUUUGACACA